AUGAAGAACUGGAUCUACCAGAUUCCAUGUCCAAUUUUGAGUGAUUAUGAAGACGCGGCAUCAGAACACAGUAAUCAUGAAACUGACUCUGAAAUGGAGCUGGAUAAUGAAGAUUCCCGUAAUGGGAGUUCAGAUGAUGACUUACCACUUUCACGAAUUGCAUAUUAUACCGGAAAGAAUGGGUUCAAAUGGUCAAAAUCUCCUCCACCUGUGUCCAGAACUCAAGCUCAUAAUAUUAUAAGUCAGCGGCCAGGAAUCAAAGGACCAGCUGUUGCAAAAAUUAUUCUAAGUAUCUUUACGCUGAGCCUUCUGGCGUCUGUAAUGGCUCAGUUCGAGGAGUACGGGUACGAAGGUCACGGCUUGGAGGGAUACUACAAGAAACCAAUCGUCCACCACGCGAGCCAGAGCCUGGAUCACCACGACGAAUAUGAGCUGGACUACCAUGCUCACCCCAAAUACACAUUCGACUACUCUGUGAAAGAUCCCCACACUGGUGAUGAUAAAGAACACUGGGAGACCAGGGACGGGGACAAAGUCAAAGGCACCUACACGCUUCUAGAGACAGAUGGCACAAAACGAGUGGUGGAAUACGAGGCCGACGACAAGAACGGAUUCAACGCGGUCGUGCACAAGAUCGGCGCGCCCAAAGACCACCACGAGUACAAACCGCAACCGCAGAAGUAUACGCGCAUCGAGCCGCCCUACCAACGCGACAACGGACACUUCGACGACGGCUUCGUGCCCAUCGUGGGCGGAUACCGCCGUUGAUGGUUUAGCGAUAAUAUAGCGAUUCAUUUUAGGGACCAGAGUUUUAGACUGUUAGGAACGUGCUUUUU